CGAUAAUGGGCAGACGGUCAAGCGAAGAAGGCGUUAGCGAACUCUCGGUCCUGAUAAAGGACAAUUUAUGCGAGAGGUCCGCGACGAUGGAAUCGCGAGCACGGAGGACUCGGUUACGUAGCGUUGUAGGGAUAUGUUUAUUUCUCGCGCUCACGGGCAUCAUUUAUCUCGGCUACUUCUGUCCCGAUCACGUAUGUGCUUUAACGAGCCGCGAGAUCAAGGAGUCUGUAAGAUUGUCCGAGGGUCUAUCCGCUGGUCCCGGCUCCGGUUUGUCUUCCGUCUCCGUCGAAUUCGACAAAAAUGGCCUGCUCUCGGUACAUCCUGCUUUUAGAUUGCAGAGUAUUCAGGGAAGCCUUGGUUACGACGACGUGUUUACCAAUGAUACUUUCCAGUUUGAUAUCAAUGGUCACGAUGUCAUCGUUUUCUUGCAUAUUCAGAAGACUGGAGGUACACUAUUUGGAAAACAUUUAGUUAGAGAUCUAGAUCUACAAAGACCAUGUUCUUGUCAAAGAAGACGCAAGCGUUGUUUUUGUUUCCGUCCAAAUCGCAAUGAAAAUUGGCUUUUUUCAAGAUAUUCCACUGGUUGGAAAUGUGGUCUACAUGCUGACUGGACAGAAUUAACUAGUUGUGUUGAUACUGAGUUAAAUAAAAUUGAGGGGGAUGGAAUAAAACGUAGAUACUUUUAUAUAACUAUAAUAAGGGAUCCUGUUGCACGAUAUUUGUCUGAAUUUAGACAUGUACAAAGAGGAGCAACCUGGAGAGGAGCUCGUCAUUGGUGUGGAGGAACUCAAGCAAAUAUACCACAAUGUUAUCCUGGUUCUAGUUGGCAAGGAGUUUCUUUAGAACAGUUUAUGGCGUGUCCAUAUAAUUUGGCAAGCAAUCGUCAAACAAGAAUGUUGGCUGAUCUAUCAAUUGUUGGUUGUUACAAUUCUACACUCAGCAGUUUGGAGAGAGAUCGUCUCAUGUUGGCUAGCGCUAAGCACAAUUUGCAAUUCAUGCCUUUCUUCAUGUUGACUGAAUAUCAAAAAGUGGGACAAUAUUCCUUUGAAGAAACAUUUGGAAUGAGAUUUGCCGUUGCAUUUGAACAACAUAACGCGACAUUGAGCGCUGCCACAAUGGCUACCCUAAGCGUGGAACAGUUAGAUGCUGUGCGUAGAUUGAACAGACUGGAUCUGGAACUUUAUGAUUUCGCAAAAAAUCUUGCGUUUCAAAGAUUCAAACGACUUAAAGAUCGCGAUCCAUACUUUGUACAACGAUUUCAACACCUUGGGGAAUUACCUUCUAGGCAAAGUGCAACGGAAUUCAAUUGGGAUUCUGUUAUAGAAGAUACUACAGAUGUUGAAUGAUAUGUAAGUAUGUUAAUGAUAAAUAUUAUUGAUGCUUUGCAUUCAUAGCUAAGCAAAUGAAAUGUUGCUCUGAAUCUGAGCAUCUCAGGGAAUCAUCCUUGAAAAAAAAAUUUCUUUUACAUAGAAUUAUUACAUGCAUUUGCUGCAUGGAACUUACCAAAAGUGUUUAUAGAAAAUAUUGUGGAUAAGACCAAAGAGAGCUCAGAGAGGAUCUUGAAAUAAUCUUUAGAUCCUCUUUCAGUAGCUAUAUAUAAAAAGAUAUAUGUAUAAUUAUACAAAUUUUUUUUUAUGAUUUUUAAAAUAUUCAUAAAAUUUUCUUUUUUUAAAGAAAGUUCUUCCAUUCAAUGCAAUUUUUGCUUAGAAUGUCACGGUUAAGCUUAAUCUUUGUUAAAGUUAUUAUUUUGUAUAUGUAGAUGUAAUUUACAAACAGAUUUUUUUAAUCUAUGUUAAAAAGUCAAUUCUAGAAAAAAAUAUUAUAAUUAUUUCUUAAACGUAUACUUACAUUUUAAAAAAGCUAUUGACUUUAAUGUUUUGCAAAAAUAUAAGUGUGUAAUAUUUUAUAUGAUACUCAAUAUUUUAUAUUUAUUUGUUUCUCAAACGUGAUAAAAAUUAGUUUCAUAAUUUAGUAACUAAAAUUAUUGAUAUAAAUAUUAUAAAGCAUAUUUUUUUAUUUAAAUUUCUUGUUUCUAUGAUCAUAUGCAUAAUAAUAUAUUCAUAUUUACGAAUUUUAAGAAUUCGUAACAAUAAAUUUUCUUUCGAUAUGUAUCGUGUAUUGUAAAUUUUAUAAUUAUUUUAUUGCAAAUUAUAAAAUAUUAUUUAAAAAAAUAAUAAGUAUAGAUUUUUGUAUUUAGAAAAAAUUUUUAAUGAAAUAUUUCUUGCUUUAAAAUUAUAUCAAAGGUUACAAAUUAAAUCACAAUUUAUAUUCCUAAUGUGAACAUGUGAAAGAGAUAAUAAAAGUGACAUAAUACAUGUAUAAAAAUCUCUAUUUAUAGUGGUUUUCAAUGGAAGGAUAAAUAUUACAAAUUAAUUUUGUAAAUAUAUCUAAAAAUCUAUAUUUUUUAAUAGAAUCAUUUGCAGUGUUAUUUGAAUGAAGUGGUAUUAGGUUUAAUAAAAGCGAUCUAUAUAGUUUAAGUGAUAAAAUGUUCAUGUGAAUGUUGGAACGAAUGGUCAUUGGAUAAACGUGUUUAAUAUUAAGCAGCCUGCAGAUCUUGAAACAUAUUGCGAUGCACAUAUAUCGACUUAAGCGAUGGGUUUAAAUCAAUGGUUUUCACGAGACUGAAAUAUUAUUUUAUCAUUUUCAAUAUCAUGUGAAUCAUUAACUUAAACCCAUCGCUUGAAUCGAUCACAAUAUAUUUCAAUGUAUGUAAGGGCCUUUAGAUACUGAUUAUUUAACAGUCUAACUGCUCACAAGAAUCAUUUUUACUAUAUUUCUUUCGAUAAUUUUAUUUUUUAUUAUAAUGCACACACAAACAUUGAAAGUAUCAAAUUUACAUUUUAAUAAAUUUGUCGUAAAAGAUUAAUAAAAUUUAUUGAUUGAUUAAAAAUAUAGGUUACAUUGAAAAGAUUAUAUUUAAUAUGUUGAAAUCAUACGUGCAAUAAGACUCGAUGCGUUACCAUUAUAAAAUAUUUUACAUCAUUCAGUCAUGAAAUAAAUGUAAUAUAUCCUUUAUAUAUUAGAUAUAUGUAACUAACUAACAUUAAAUCAUUACGAAGCAAAAUGCAAAUGCUCUCUUUAACUACGUAUUCACCAAUUACGUAAAUAAUCCAUAAACUCUUUGAUGAUUGGUAGAAAUAUAUGGCAUACACGAAUGUAAAUAUUCGUAAACGUUUAUGAUUGCUAUAUAUCGAAUUGAAAUUCAUUAUUUGCGUCCACUGAAAACAAAGACAUAUUAAAAUAUUGAUUUUAUCAAUUGAUUAAUAAUAGAUGUUCUCGAAUAUAUUCAUAUUAUUCAAUAUUUAUCUCGACAAAUGUUGAAUUUUAGUUAACAUUUUAAGUGAAUCAUCAUAAGUACGUUUGUAUAUUAAAUACAAAUAUUUAUAAUUUUUUAAGUUGCCGGUGAAUACGCGGCUUUUAACGUAUAUUAUUGAUCUUCUGUAUGAUUACUAUACUUAUAUUAUAAGUUAAAUUGUAAAAUGAGUGCCAUCAGUGAUAUAAAACAAAUUGAUCUGUUAUCUUUAGCUUUGCUAUUACAAAUGAUUUAUGUUAAUUAGAAAAAUAUAUCAUUUUAUUGUUCAUAAAUUUUAGGCUUCUUCUUUCUCAGCCUAUAUUAAAUAUAUUUUUUAGUUAACUUGUAGAUGAUAAUAGUAUCAAUUUGAUUUUGUUAUAUUAUAAUGUUCUUGGAACAUUAUUUGAAAAUAUAUGUAAAAAUUAAUUUGAUAUUAUUACCAUUCAAAAGUGAGCAAUUUAUGAACAAUCUAUAUUUACAAAUAUAUAUAAUAUUAAGCAUUGUAAUAUUAUUAACAAUAAUGAUCAUUUAAAAGUAACAUUAAGGACCAAAGAUUUAAUAAGUUUUUAUGAAAAGAGCAGAGAGCAUAUUACAAGCAAUUGUAAAAAGGAAAAUUUUUUAUAUGUUCUUAAAUGAAGUGAUCAUUAUAAUUAUAUUAAGUCGAAAGAUAUACUUUAUUAUCUUUCCACUUAAUAUACUAUAGGUACAAUAAUAAUAUAUUAUAGGUACAAUAUUGAACUUGGGUGAAACACAAACAAUCUUUUAAGCAAUUGAUGCACAGAAACAGAUUUAGCAAUAUAUCGCUAUUUUCGCGUACUUGCCUUUAUUAUAUGUUAAGAUUUCCAAACAAUUCAGAAAUGAUCGAACUUAAAUCACACAGGGUGUGCAGUAUUUUAAAAUUAACAUAUUUAGAAUCAUUGUCAAUUAUUUUAUUAAUUUUUUUAGUUUCAAUAAUUACAUAUACUUAUUUCUGCCAUUUUUUAUCAUACAUAUUGAAAUGUUUCUCAUUACGUAUGCAAUGGAAUGCUUGUGACUAUUUGUAAACAUUUAUGAGAUUGAUAGUUACUUAAGUAUUUGCAUUGUGAGCAUUGUAAAAAAUGAGCACAUACUCAUUGGAUUAGUGUGAAUGAAAGCCUAGCUUUAAUAUGUAAUAUGAAAUUUUUAGCAUGAAAUUAAGUUGUAAUAAAAAUAAUAAUGAAAAAAUAAUAAUGAAAACAAAAAGCCAUGACAGUAGCCUAAUAAAAUAAAGUAUAGGCCUAAGCCAAUGGUACCUUAUAUAAGCCAGUGUACAUACCAUACCAUUAAAUCAUUAAGGAACAAUAAAUUGUUGUGUAUACAAUAUUAUAUACAAUCUUAUACAGACAUAUAUAUAUAAAUAUAUAUAUUAUAUAAAAAUAUUAUAUGUAAGUUGUACACAUAUUUAAAAUUAUGUUAUUUGAUUAUUAAACAAUUAUAUAAAAGAAA